AUGCAAAUUUCUGAGCUGAUCAAACUGGCCAAGAGCAGCGGCAGCGGCAGCGGGAGCAGCAGCAGCAGCAACCUACGCAGCGGCAGCGGCUCAAGAAUUAUUAUUAAAUUCGAUAUAAAUAAUAUUCGCAACCGCUGUGGCCCCGCGCGAUCCCCUCGGCCGGACAAUCUGCUGAUUAAUAAAAGACGGCUGCCGUGGCAGAAGUUCCGAGAUGGCCCGCGGUGCUUAAAAAUUCUGAGGCAUCUGUCAAGUCGAGCGAAGGUGAAGGUUUCGCGCAGGCGCAGCAGGACCUGGUCUGGAGAUCUUGAGAUCUGGGGAUCUGGCGAUCUGGCGGUCUGGGUAUACGGGGAUCGCGAACCCACAAACGUUUCGGGGGAACGCUUUGCAUACGGUCCUUCCAUCGCCCUAAAACUGAACGAAAUGAGCAACGUGGCCGGCACUUCAUUGGCCAGAAACACAGGCCAGGUCCAAAACCAACACACCACCAAGUGCCUGGUGCUCGACACGAGGAUGUGGAUGUGGAUGCAGCAUGGAUGUGGCUGUAACUGUGGAGGACUGCAGCCAGAGGACGAGGAUCGAGAAUGGAUGGCGAAUGGCGGAUGGAUGGGCCCCCAGCCAAGAUGUGCCAAGUCAGCGUGA